GGUGUCAUGACGUUGGAGACUAAUCCCCUGGUCUGUAAAACAGCCGAUAGAUAAACUGAUAUGUUGAAUCUGCCUUUACAACUCUCUUUCCCUGGAUAUUGGAUCUCAAUUCUGGAUAUUUUUUUGAUUGACUUUCAUGCCAAGGGAAUGCCAAGUCUGGUCCAGCAUGAGGCCUUGCACAUCUGUUUACCAGGAGAGAGAGCCCUGUCACAAGAGAUAGAGUCCUUCCACCACAGCUACUGAGGCCUUAUCUAACACUGUAUCAGGACCAUUCUGCAGAGGAACCACCAUUAAUACCAACCUGACAGUUUCAGUUGUCUGGAGUAAAGGAUCAGAAGUCAUUGAGAGCAAGACAGAGUCCCUGCCAAGAAUUAUGCCAAUAUAGCCUCCUCAGUAUCUCCAGCAGACAACCACUCUAGAGGUGCUAACGUAGUUCCUCUCCAGCAGUAACCAUGGACGACCAUUGGCAGAACAAUGUGAACCAGCAGGGCACUGAGAUCCCCACCUACGGGGAGGGAGGCGGCCAGGAGUACCCCUACCAGGCUGACUUCCCCCAGCAGGAGGGUGGGGGGGACGAGGAUGCUAGGAGUGAUGCCACGGAAGGUCACGAUGAGGAUGCAGAGGCGAUGUACGAAGGAGAGUACCAGGGGAUCCCCCACCCUGACGAGAUCAAGGCGGCCCAGCGGGCGGCCAGGGCCGAGGCCAGGAAGAAGGCCAGGCUGGCAGCAGCGAUGCCGGAUGAGGAGGACCUGGCAGAACAGUACGAGAACAUCAUGGAGGACUGUGGGCACGGUCGUUUCCAGUGGACCCUGUUUAUCGUGCUGGGCAUGGCGCUGAUGGCGGAUGGCGUAGACGGAUUUGUGGUGGGCUUUGUGUUGCCUAGCGCCGAGAAGGACAUGUGCAUAUCCAACGCCAACAAGGGCAUGCUGGGUCUGUUGGUGUAUGUGUCGAUGAUGGUGGGGGCUUUCGUGUGGGGCAGCCUGGCGGAUAAGAUGGGCCGUAGGAAAUGUCUGAUCUACUGUCUGGCCAUCGACUGUGUCUUCAGCUUCCUGUCCUGCUUCGCUCAGGGAUACGGAUUCUUCCUCUUCUUCCGGUUCUGCUCCGGCUUCGGGAUCGGAGGGACUGUCCCCAUCGUGUACACCUACUUCGCAGAGUUCCUCCAGAUGGAUAAGAGAGGGGAGCACCUUAGCUGGCUGUGUAUGUUCUGGAUGUUCGGUGGACUCUACGCCUCCUUCACCGCCUGGGGAAUCAUCCCUCACUACGGCUGGGGCAUUAGCCUGGGGACACAGUACCAGAUCCACACCUGGAGAGUAUUCAUUCUGGUGUGUAUGUUUCCAGCCAUCAUUGCCCUCGUUGGACUGGUCUUCAUGCCAGAGAGUCCACGCUUCUUCCUGGAGAAUGGGAGACAUGACGAGGCCUGGAUGAUUCUGAGACAGGUCCAUGAUACCAACUGGAAGGCCAAGGGAGAACCUGAGAGGGUAUUCACUGUGAGUACCAACAUCACGACUCCUAAGACCCAGGAGGAUGAGUUCAUUGAGAUACAGAGUGACACUGGAACAUCCUUCCAGCGCUGGACUGUUAGACACAUCAACCUCCUCAAACAGGUGAUGCAGAACGUGAUGUCCCUGGCAGCACCAGACCUCAGACUGCAGGGUCUGUUCCUGGCUAUCGUCUGGUUCACCAUGGCCUUCAGCUACCACGGACUGUCGGUGUGGUUCCCUGACAUGAUCAAGUACAUGCAGUAUGAGGAGUACGAGUCCAAGGUGAAACUCUUCCAUCGAGAACGAGUGGAGCGAUUCCACUUCAACUUCUCCCUGGUCAACCAGAUCCACAAAGAGGGAGAAUAUGUCCAUGACAAGUUCAUGGAUAUAGAGAUCAAGUCUGUGAAGUUUGAAGAUUCCCUGUUUGAGAACUGUUACUUUGAGGACGUCAGGUCGACCAACACGUACUUUGAGAACUGCACCAUCAAGAACACGGUCUUCUAUAACACAGACCUUUGGGAAGACUCUAAGUUUAUAGACUGUCGGAUGGAAAAUGCCACGUUUCUCCAUCCGAAGAAAGGCUGCCAUCUGAACUUCCAGGAGGAGAACGACAUCGUCAUCUACAUGGUCAGCUUCCUGGGGAGUCUAGCGACACUGCCAGGCAACAUCCUGUCAGCCCUCUUCAUGGACAAGAUAGGAAGGAUCAAAAUUAUAGGUGGUUCUAUGCUGAUAUCAGCAGUUUGUACGUUCCUCCUGCUCCUCAGCUUCAGUCAGGGGGCAGUUAUAUUAUUUCAGUGCCUUUUCUACGCUACCAGCGUCGCGGCCUGGAACGGACUGGAGGUUAUCACAGUAGAAAUCUACCCUUCUGCUAAAAGAUGCACAGCGUUUGGAGUGCUGAACGGUACCUGUAAGCUGGCAGCCAUUAUUGGCAGCAUCAUCUUUGCCAAGUUCAUCGGCAUCACAAAGAUCAUCCCCAUUUUCCUGGCGUUCGCAGCGCUGGCCUGUGGAGGUCUGCUGGCCACCAAACUGCCCGACACACGGGAGAAGAUCCUGGAGUGAAAACAGCUAAACAUCUACAACAUCAAGGGUUGUAAAAUUCCUGUGACUUUCCACAGGUUCUCAAAACAUCUUGGUGGGAGGAUUCACAGACUUCCUGCUUAAACGUGGGAAUUUGGGGAAAGUUAGUGGAAUUUUGCAAACCUUUACAACGUCACGGCCAAAUAAAGAUGUCUGUACAUAUAGGUUGGUCCAGUUGGGAGAGAGACUUCCACAUGUGAAGUGAGUUGUGUGUGACAGAAUAGGGGAGGGGCUUUCUGUUCCCAUGGUGAUGUAUAGAAAGAACGGUACCCUCAUCAAGACAUGUCACCAUUUUACAUUGUUUGAUAUUGUGUUUUUCUUCUGUACACCUCAAAAUACCACCCAGGUAGAGCAGGACAUGUCACUCUGUAUUUGCUAUGUUUUAAAAUGUGUUUUAAAUGAUUUUAAAUGAAAGAAUACGAGAGAUGAGAAAUAUAUCUACUUGGAAGAUGACAGACAGUUUUACCAUGUUGUGCUUUGAUUUAAAACUAACUGUUCAGGAAAGGUAUUGGGUUGACAUUUGGGUUGGAAUUCAACGACGGCUAAGGUUUCAACGUAACGCUAUUGUACGAUUCAGAACCAAUUUUCCAUUGUCCUUGUUCCAUUCCAUUGUGUGAGCGUUCAUCUCGGGUAGUCAUGUGCUUGAUUUGUCCCAUUUCCUCUUUGCCCUUAAUUAACUUUCCAGCUGAACCACUGAAUGUGGUUCAGAAACCCCUCCAUUCUAUUCCACAACUCCCUUCUUUCCAAGGACUCCAUUUAUAUAUAUUCAUCCCUGUGUAUCGCUUAGCAUCUGGUCUUCAGCUCCUGUUGUAUCUAUUAACCAGGACCACAACCUCUUCUGCUGUACAGUGGAUGCAUCUGUUGACGUACCAAUAUGUUUGUUGUAUUGUUUGUGUUCAGUCUCUCCUUGUCCAGAAGAGCUGUGUUCUAGAUACUGAUUCUAUUAAAUCCUGUCUAGUCUGUGUUCAGUCUCUCCUUGUCCAGAAGAGCUGUGUUCUAGAUACUGAUUCUGUUAAACCCUGUCUAGUCUGUGUUCAGUCUCUCCUUUUCCAGUAGAGCUGUGUUCUAGAUACUGAUUCUGUUAAACCCUGUCUAGUCUGUGUUCAGUCUCUCCUUGUCCAGAAGAGCUGUGUUCUAGAUACUGAUUCUGUUAAACCCUGUCUAGUCUGUGUUCAGUC